CAAACUCCAUCGUGCUGUCCGUCCGUCCGUUCGCCAACUCGUCCCCCCCAUCGUCCGUCUGUGUGUCGAGCUAGAGACUUUAAAUUCGAAACUGAUUCACAUGUUGCAGACUGCAGCGUUCAUUGCUGUUUAUCUCUGAGGUUUUAUGCAGUUGCGGGUGAGGGCCUUCAUUCAGUUGUGCGGCAAAUGGCAAACAGUGCGGAUAAAUCGACUCGCGAUCCAUGUGUGGUGGGUGUGGUCUGCAUGGAUAUAGCUAGUGCCUURUAUGAGCAUAGCGCGGACCCGAAGCCGGCCAGCUAUAUAGCGGCUUCGUAUGUGAAAUACCUGGAGGCGGGAGGUGGCCUUGUGGUGCCCAUUUGGAUCGGACGUGAUCGCAAUUAUUAUGAGCUGAUGAUGAGCCGCAUCAAUGGGGUGCUGCUCACGGGUGGCGCUGUCUAUCUGGACGAUGAGGACAACCCUGCGGCGGUCCCUUCAUGGAUGACCAAUGACUGUGUGAAGUCGAUUCAAUAUAUCUAUGAACUGGCCCUCCAGCGAAAUAAAGCGAACGAAUAUUUUCCGAUCUGGGCCACAUGCUUGGGCUUCCAGCUGAUGCUGAAGAAUGCAGUGCCGUCAAUGAAGCGUGCAGCAUGUGGCGAAACCAUAUCCAGGGCACUUUCGCUCCAGCCAACUGAGGAUUAUGACAGCUCGCCGAUGUUUCAGGGCCUCAGUCCGGAGUUGCGCACACGCUUGCAGAGCGAACCAUUUGCUUGCUAUCAGCACAAAUACUGCAUCACGGAAGAGAGUCUGGGCGCAGCGGCCAGCGAUUGGCGUGUGCUGGCCACUGGGAGGGCGAGAAGCGGGAUGAGCUUCAUCACGCUCAUCGAGCAUAGGAAAUACCCACUAUACGGCUGCCAGUUUCAUCCCGAGCGUAGCGCAUACGAGCAGCUGGUCGGACGGCAAGACCCGUGGACUGAGUCCCACACCAAUCACGGCAUUCAGCUCAACCAACACUUUGCCCAUUUCUUUGUGGAGGCCUGCCGAAGGAACUCGAAUCGUUUCGAUAGUCUGGAGCAGCUGUCGCGCCACUUGAUCUACAACUGGAUGCCGGAGUUCAGCGGUCGCCACAAUAAUGUCAACUGGCUGCAGGUCUAUCUCUUUCCCAAGGACGUGGACUACGUGAAGAAGGCCGAGGAAUGCUCAGAGACCUGAGCUAAACAGCAGCAGCAGUGGUUUUAGUC